GGGCUUUUGUGUUUAAGAUUAGGUGGAUUAGCUCAUUCCAGGGGCUGAAUGAAUGUGAGUGAAAAGACCAGUUGGACUGUUCCCAUGGGCUCCUGGGAGUUUGGCUGUUUGGACUGCUUCAGGGAAUAUCGGUGUUGCAAAACAAAGUAACACAACUGGAAAAGCAGCAAAGAUUCUUCUCACAUUAGGAUGAAAUUGUUUUUGCGGUGCAGGAGCCUAACUAGCUCUACAGGUAAAGUACAGACAUCAACAAACGGCAAAGUUCAAUGAUGUUCCAGGACCGGAGCAGCGAGGGUGGUUCUCUCCACCUCUCUGCGUCGAUGCGUCGCGGCUCUUCGGAUAACAAUCUGGAUCUGGACCUCUCUGAUGCAAGUCCCCGCCCUGCUCUUGGCUCGGAGGUCCAGCGCAGUCGUUCCUGCUUGGACAACCUCCAGCAGAAGAUCCUGAAGGUCACGGAGCAGCUGAAGAUAGAGCAGACGGCCCGCGACGAGAACGUGGCCGAGUACCUGAAGCUGGUGAACAGCGCGGACAAGCAGCAGGUGGGGCGCAUCAAGCAGGUGUUUGAGAAGAAGAACCAGAAGUCGGCUCACAACAUCGCCCAAAUGCAGAAGAAGCUGGAGCAGUACCACCGCAAGAUGAGGGACAAUGAAGUCUAUCAAAGCCCAUUCGCUUCCUCGUCCAAAGCGAAGCGCAGCACCAUUCCCAGGGAGUCGCCCCGGGAGCUGCUGAGGGACAUGACCGGCAGCGGCCGACACCCGACCAUGGACAAGAUCAAAACCAUCGGGCCGGGGGUUUCCCUCUCCCCUCCGUUCUUCUUCAGCAAGCCCCGAGAGUUCGCCAACCUCAUCAGGAACAAGUUUGGCAGCGCGGACAACAUCGCCCAUCUCAAAAGCACGCUGGACACUUCGCCCCCGCUGCCCACCAGCGGAGCGGGGAAAGGCCUGAGCAGCAGCACCUCGUUGGUGGGCAAGCCCAAGUACCCCAGCGAUGACGAGUGCUCCUCGGGCAGCGCCUCGAUCUCAGCAGACAGCAACGGGAACCCGGCGGCGGGAGGGGUGUCGUCAGGCCAGGGGCAACAGCCGGGGGCAGAUGGCCCAAGCAGAUUGGACCUCUGCUUGGACGAGGUGAGGGAGAUCAAAGACGCCCAGAGCCAACUGCAGGAAGAUAUCGAGGAGAUAAAGUCCCAGUUCAAGAGAGAGUAUGCUCUUAUCAGCCAAACACUACAGGAGGAGAGAUACAGGUACGAGCGUUUGGAAGAUCAACUGAACGACCUGACAGAACUUCAUCAGCACGAGAUGGUGGAUCUGAAGCAGGAGCUGGCGAGCGUAGAGGAGAGGGUGGCCUAUCAGGCUCACGAGAGGGCCAGAGACAUACAGGAAGCCCUGGAGUCGUGUCAGACCCGCGUGUCCAAGCUGGAGCUCCAGCAGCAGCAGCAGCAGCAGACGGUCCAGCUGGAGGGCCCCGACGCCCGGGUCCUGCUGGGGAAGAGCAUUAACAUCAUGCUGGCCAUCAUUACUGUUAUUCUGGUGUGCGUCUCCACCGCCGCCAAGUUUGCCGCUCCGCUGAUGAGGAGUCGCUAUCACGUGGUUGCCACCGUCCUGGGGGUGUGUUUCCUGACCGUAUUCUGGAAGAGCUGGGACCGUUUACAGUAUACCAUAGACAGGUUGCUGGUGCCGGCUUGAUGGAGGAAAUACCAAUGACGCGAAAGCCGUCAGACGUGUCUGAACAUUUGUCUGGGAGGAUUGACUGAACAUUCCUCACUGGACACGAUCACUAUGCAUUUAUAGAGGUCAAUGUUUUUAAAUGCAAACUGAAAGUGAAGUUUCAGUGUCUUUGUUUGUUUAGAAUUUGACUACGUCUAACUUACAGUUUCAUAUAAACCUAAAAUAAAGAUUAAUGUAAGAGUUAAUUUUGCUACUUAUAUAGUUACUGCUCUGAAAUAAACAGGAAAGGAAUGCCGACUUAAACGAAAGUGCUUUGACUGGGGAAAAAAAAAAGGUCUCACCCUUUUUUCUAAAAUAAUUUCUCUUUUAAGCUAUUUCAGCAGCCAAACUUCAACAUAUUUCAAACUUAAAGUAUACUCAUGCAUGGAAUCGAGGCCCCGCAAAGAUAUGAAAUAUUCACAUGGACCUUAAAGCAAUAGUUUGGUCAAAUCUUUCUUGGCUCUGUUGAUGACGAGCUAAUGUCUCUGUAAA